AUGGCCAGGUACAGAAGCCGAAGCAGAAGCUACAGCCCUCGUCGACGCAGCCGGACUCCGCCACGUGGACGCAAGCGAUACGACGACGACCCUCGUGAUCGCUACCGUGAAAGCAGGUCUUACAGAGACCGUCGCUCACCCGCUCCUUCUGGCCUGCUCGUUCGAAAUCUUCCUCUCGACGCCAGGCCAGAAGAUCUUAGGAUCCCAUUUGAGCGAUAUGGCCCAGUGAAGGAUGUGUAUCUUCCUAAGAAUUACUACACCGGGGAGCCACGGGGCUUUGGGUUUGUGAAGUACCGUUAUGCGGAGGAUGCGGCUGAAGCAAAGCAACAACUGAACCAUUCAGUUAUUGGUGGACGUGAGAUAAGAAUUGUGUUUGCUGAGGAGAAUAGAAAAACUCCCCAAGAAAUGCGUACAACUACUCGCGUAAGCAGUGGUCGGUAUGGAGGAAGCUCCAGAAGGAGAACUCCACCGAGGUCCCCAAGACGGCAAUAUCGUUCUUACUCGCGGUCACCGUCACCUGUUAUGCGUGACUCAAGGGACCGUGGGGCUAGGGAUGAUUAUCGUUCGCCAGUGCAAUCUAGAUCAGUUUCACGAUCUCCUUCACCACGUGAUGGAAGAGACUACAGGAGGUCCCCAAGUCCGCGCGAGAAUGGUCGGAGUCCUCAUGAUGAAAGAGACUAUGCACCCAGCAGAUCAAGGAGUCUGAGGGUCCUCGCUGAUGCCCGUCAUGUUUACAUUGCUGUGAAUUUGCAUCACCUGGUGGUGUUGCUGCUUGAAAGUCUACUAUGA